AUGAAGUCAAUGGAUACAAGUAACCUUGAAAAAUGCAUCAUUUGUUCUCAAAAAAUUGAUGAAACAGAUGUAUUUGUUGCGAAAUGCUUACAUCACUUCCACAAAAAAUGUUUGAGCACGGAGUCGGCCAAUAUAUCGCGAUGUCCACAAUGCUCGGAGGAAGUUGUUACAAAUUUGGUGGAAGGAGACUGCACAAUUUGUUUAGAGCCUUUAAAAAACGGAAUAUACAUUACAAACUGCAGACACUCCUUUCACCGUGAAUGUAUUUCUAAAUGGGCAAGUCAAAAUGAGACUUGUCCUUACUGCCGGAGCCCUGUCCCGAUAGAAGAUAUUUUGGGGGAAUCCAUGUUCGAUUCGACUUCCUCCGAAAAUGAAGCAGAUGUACCAGACGAAUAUUUCGAUGAUAUGGUUACAUACAUUGUCAGGCUCCUCGAGAUGCAGAGGAUACAGCGAGGUGGAAACAACUAA